AUGGAUCCCGCAACACCCAACGCACCCUUCAGGUGGGAAACCGCCUCAGGUCUAGAACACUCUUGCUAUUCAUGCGCAAUGAAAAUGAGUAACCCCAAAGCUCGACAAACGUGCUAUGGAGUUCACUCUAUACCAUGCUACCGCUAUCAUCAGACCAUGCAUGCAAUCGGAACCAGUCACAAUUGCUUUGCUUGUAUUUCAGCUGAUGAAUUGCAUGACAACCGUCAUCGAAAGAUCGCUGACCUCGUAAUGCAAUACAAAGCAUGUGUUUUUUGCGGUGAUCCGGCCACAUUCAGAGUCCCCCGAAUGGGCCUGGAAGAGCUCCCUGUCAAUGUCAACCGAGGCCGAAAUUUCGAUGCUGCCCCAUGGCUUAACGAUUUUCAAUUUCUCGAUGCUGAAGCUGACGCUGACAACAAUGCUGACAAUGACAAUGACAACGAUGAUGAUGACGAAGUCGCCAACGAGAACGAUGACGAGCUCGAGCUCGAGCCCGAACACGACGACACCUCAACCAUCACAUCCACAUCCUCAACAUCCCCGCUUCCCACCACCGUCACCAAACUCACCAAAGCCGAGCUCCGGGCUCAGAAAAAAGCCGCCAAAAUGGCCAAAUCAACCAGUAAAGCGGCGAAGAACCAAGCGAAGCACAUCGUCACCGUCCGCAGCGAAGACGUCGACGCCGUCAAUCGCAUCUUGCACGGUGAAGCCGAUCAACAAACACGCAACACCCAUCCAUUGGCAUCCGACAAAACGAUCGAAGAAGUCAUUGCACGCAACAUGGGGUUUAUGUCGAGUAUCCAAGCGCAUAAAAAGGCUUUGAUGAAUAGUAUUGCUCAACGACGGCGGAGUCGACGAGAAAAAGAUCGCCGAAAGUCUCAGAGGGGACGACUCAGUGUUGCGGCCGAGGAUGAACUCAAUGAAGAGGCUGAGGAGUUGGAAACGCUACUUACAGCGGUGCUGGUCAAGUUGGGGGUUGGUGAGCAGGAUGUUCAGGCGGUUCGGUCGAGUCAUGUGCAGCUGGGAAGUGCGAAGAAGAAUAAUUUUGUUUCGACGAAUGGGAAUGGGAAUGGAGAUGCCAUCAGUACUGCGAAUCGUCUGUCUAUUGUGGCGAAUCUCAAGACUUUGGUCAAAGAUGAUUUGGAACGUCAUGAGAAUGAGCAACGAGAGACGUGUAUUCGAGCUGGUGGGUUCUGGCGAUAUGUGGGAAAACCGGUUUUUGAUCGAAUGACUCAGGUGGCGGAACAACUUGAUUGGAAAACGGGUGCCAAAAACAAAGAUGUGAAGAGUCAUGUUGUCGAAGAAGCAGAAGUGGAAGCAGAAGAAGAGUGA